AGGAGACGAUCGCCUCCCCCGGCCGGCAUGAGUCUGCAGUGGACUGCGGUGGCCACCUUCCUGUACGCGGAGGUCUUCGCCGUGCUGCUGCUCUGCAUCCCAUUCAUUUCUCCCAAAAGAUGGCAGAAGAUUUUCAAGUCCCGCCUGGUGGAGUUGGUGGUGACCUACGGCAACACUUUCUUUGUGGUUCUCAUCAUCAUCCUCGUGCUGCUGGUCAUUGAUGCUGUCCGUGAGAUCCAGAAGUAUGACGAUGUGACGGAGAAGGUGAACCUGCAGAACAACCCCGGGGCUGUGGAGCACUUCCACAUGAAGCUCUUUCGUGCACAGAGGAAUCUCUACAUCGCUGGCUUCUCCUUGCUGCUGUCCUUCCUGCUCCGACGCCUGGUGACGCUUAUCUCCCAGCAGGCCACACUGCUGGCCUCCAAUGAAGCCUUUAGAAAGCAGGCAGAGAGUGCGAGUGAGGCGGCCAAGAAGUACAUGGAGGAGAACGACCAGCUGAAGAAGGAAACAGCAGCUGGCGGAGUCAGGCUGGACGGCCGGGACGCUGAGAGGCAGGUGGAGGAAGAGAACAGGAGCCUGAAAGCUGACCUGAGGCGGCUGAAGGAUGAGCUGACCAUCAACAGGCAGAAGCUGGAGAAAGCCGAGCACGAGGCCCUGGCCAUGCGGAAGCAGUCCGAAGGCCUGACCCAGGAGUACGACCGCCUGCUGGAGGAGCACGCAAAGCUGCAGGCGGCUGUCGACGGCCCCACGGACAAGAAGGAGGAGUGAGGCCCCAGCGCGCGGGCUGCCUCCGCCUGCCUAUGCCUCUGGAGCACGCCUUGCCCGUGGUCCUCGGCUUGCUGCUCUGCUUCCACCCCUCGAGCCUCUUGAGUUGUGUCUCCCCCGUGUUCCAGGGGGCCUCAGUCCCAGCAGCAGGCGCCCAGCCCUCGAAGGGGAGUGCCCUGGCUGGCUGAGCGGGCUUGCCGCUGCUGGGCUGAGGCCCUGUGUUGUACUUUCAGGUUGGGGCGCCAAGGCCCAUUUUCUCUGGUCCGCAGGAGGGUGGAGGGAGCAGGGGAGUGUUUUUCCUGAAGGCAAUUAAAGUUGUAAUGCUCUU